AUGGAAGAGAAACUGAAGUACCUUUUUUUCUCUUCAUUGUUAACCUUCUUUCUCUGUGUCUCCGCCAUUUUGACUGACCCACUUCACUCCCAAACCCUCAUCCUCCGUGACCUCCCCAACCCACCCACACUCGUCUGGCCGGAAUCCACCACCUCAGGAUCCGAUCCGGAACCCGACCUUUCCACCCUCUCCGUUCCCCUACAUCACAUAGACGCACUUUCGCUCAACAAAACCCCCUCCCAACUCUUCCACCUAAGACUCCAACGCGAUGCUGCAAGAGUCAAAAGCCUCACUUCCCUCGCCGCGCUUAACCAAACCCGACCCAUCACUUCUGGUUCAGGUUUCAGCAGUUCCGUGAUUUCGGGUCUCGCAAUGAAUAGCGGCGAGUACUUCACGCGCCUAGGCGUGGGAACCCCUCCGAAGUAUGUCUACAUGGUACUCGACACCGGAAGCGACAUCGUUUGGCUCCAAUGCAAACCCUGCGUUAAAUGCUACUCCCAAACAGACCAAAUCUUCGAUCCCUCAAAGUCUUCAUCUUUCGCCCGAAUACCCUGCUCCUCCCCUCUCUGUCGCCGCCUCGAAUCGCCGGGAUGCAAUCGGGAAAGCAGCAGUUGCCAGUACGAGGUUUCCUACGGCGACAGCUCUUCCACCUUCGGCGAUUUUUCAACGGAAACACUCACGUUCCGACGUGCCCAAGUCCCGGGCGUAGCCCUGGGCUGCGGCCACGACAACGAGGGUCUCUUCGUGGGCGCCGCAGGUUUGUUGGGCUUAGGUCGCGGUGGGUUGUCGUUUCCAACCCAAACCGGAAACCGGUUCAACAACAAAUUCUCCUACUGUUUAGCGGACCGAACCGCUUCCACCAAACCGUCUUCAAUUGUAUUUGGAGACUCGGCCAUUUCGCGAACAGCGCGUUACACUCCUAUAAUUAAUAACCCUAAAUAUGAUACCUUUUAUUAUCUCGACUUACUCAGCAUUAGCGUUGGCGGCGCGCCAGUUCGGGGCAUUUCAGCCUCGCUCUUUCGGUUCGACUCAACCGGGAACGGUGGGGUGAUUAUCGACUCGGGGACUUCUGUGACGCGCCUCACGCGCCCUGCUUACGUGGCUCUCAGAGACGCGUUUCGGGUCAGGGCUUCGCAUUUGAAGUCCGCGCCCGAGUUCAGCCUUUUCGACACUUGUUACGAUCUUUCUGGGUUGUCGGAGGUUAAGGUUCCGACCGUGGUGUUGCAUUUUCGCGGUGCUGACGUGUCAUUGCCGGCGUCAAACUAUGUCAUUCCGGUGGAUAAUAGCGGCAAAUUCUGCUUUGCAUUCGCCGGAACGAAGAAUGGGCUUUCUAUUAUCGGGAAUAUCCAACAGCAAGGAUUUCGGGUCGUGUUUGAUUUGGCGGGUUCUCGGAUUGGGUUUGCCCCAAGAGGGUGCGCGUGA